AUGUCGUCCGGCUCGAAUCGCAAGGGCCUGUUGCCCACCUCCCAAGAUCCAUCCAAAGCCACCGCCAACCCGGCCAACAAUCCACCGCCUCAAGUCCAGAGGCGAUCGUCCCAGCCGCUGCCAGGCAUCUCUGCCACCGCUUCUUCGCUACGAAGUCGCCGCGCCGGAUCAACCUCGUCAGGCUCAGGCACAGGCACGUCCAAUCCCAAACAGCUCGUUGAACUCGACGACAACGACUUCGACGACGAGACGCCCGGAGAUUUCGACCCCGGCAUGCACCCAUCCUCCACCACUCACCGCUCCAACCGGGCCAACAUCCCCGCCAACAUCCUCAGAGCCGUAGUGCCCGGAUCGUCACAGGCUCCACAGAACAAGACAGGCCAGGCUUCCAGCGGCAGUGCGCCAAAGAAGCCCAGCCCAGCCCCUCCUCUCUCGCCCCCUCCCACCUCGUCGAAUCGCUUCAAGGGUACGCCUGCCCGCUCGACGCGCUACUCGCUUCCAGUGCGCACCGAGAAGCCCGUACGAACAACAAAGACUUCGGGAAAGCACGUCGUGCUGCCCUCCGAGUCGCAGCUCGCUCCACUCCCGGGUGAGGAGGACGAAGAUGAUGACGAUGACGACGACGACGACGACGAAUCGGAAGACGAAGAGGAGGUCACGGACGACGAAGAUGAUGCCGUGCCGGCUCCUCCGGCAAAGCCUGGCGCAGCUGUCGUCCAGGACGGCAAAGCCGAGGCGCAGGCCGUGCUUCUCGGCGGCCGCGGUGUCGGCCGUGCGCUCGAGUCGGUCGGUGCAUCCAAGCCACCGGCCAAGGUGCCCGUCACCACCCCGCGCCCCGGUCUGUCCAUCCCGUCCAACCGUCACUCGGCUCCUGCGCCCGUCCCCGGCAAACUCGUCACGCCCGCCUCCAAAGCAUCCCAGCGCACCGCUGCCUCCUCCGCCCUCGCGCGUGCAGCCGUCUCGUCCGUCUCGGCCGCCCAGGCGCGCCAUGCCCAGAAGCACAAACCCAAGGCCUCGUCCACCUUCCGUGGCGCUGCCAUCCGCGCCCCGCCCCUGCGUCCGCACAAGUCGGGCCCCGUGUAUCACACCUUUGAGCGCAUGCCGCCCAGCGCACGCCUCAUGACGCCGCUGCCGCGUCUCACCGCGUACAGCAUCUCGACCUCCAUCCACCUUGGCACGCUCCUCGGCUUCCUCCGCCGUGAGCACGGCGUCAAGCCUCGCCUGUACGACGAGUGCGCCUACGCCGUCUACACCAAGCCGCUCCUGCCCGGCUUUGGCCGCGCCAACGUCCGCUCUGCACCCGAACCGCGCAGCGCCAGCCCCGGCGCCGAGUCGAGGCGCGAGCGCGAACUCGAGCAGCGCGAAGAGUUCGGCUACCUCGGCACGUACUUUGAGCACCGCACCGAGGAGGAGGAGGACAUCGACCAGGACGGCUACAUCAAGGGCGGCGAGGGUCGCGGCUCGGACAGCGAGACUCGACGCCGCGGCGAUUCUCAUCGCAACGAUGGCCGCGGUGGUGGAGAGACCUCGGCGUGGGAGAGCGAGGCGGAACGUUGGAAUCCAAACGAGCGUCGCAACAGCGGCGGCAUGGAUGAACGCGAAACGCAGCAGUCUGGCAACGGCCAAGGUGCCCACCACCACACGCGCAACAAGUCGAACGACAGCAACACGGCUCCCGUCAGCAGCAGUCUCGAAGACGACGAAAGGAUGCUUGCUACCCCGCUUGCACGACCUGUUGCGGCGACGCGCAAGCUCUCGGACAGCGAUGCCGAGGCGGGCGGCGAGGCGCGACCGUUCCUUCUGGAGCGCCGGCGUGCGGGCAGCCAGUCGUCCGUAUCGGACGUCGAGGCGCUGCCGCCGUACCGCCGUUCGGGCUCGCCCGUGGAGAUUGACACGGACAAGAACGAGCUGGUGAUCAACCGCGUCGACUCGGCGGGCGCGCGCGACAUGAUGCUGCAGCAGCGUGCCGAGGAGCGCGGUGAGCCCGAGCCCAUGGCGCACUCGUACCGCUCCAACGAGAUGAGCAUGACUUCCGACCUUGACGAUGCGGCCAACCAUUCGCGCGACCACGCUACAUCGCAGCACGAUGACACGCAGGACUCGCUCCCGUCGCGCGACGGAGGUGGCGCCUCGGACCGCGUCGAGGGCAACGGUGGCGAUGCAGGCUCGCGCGGCGCGGGUGACGAGACCACGCUGUCCGUCGAGGCGCCGGCGGAGAAGCAGCGUCGGACGCGCAAAGUGAAGCUGCGCCGACGCAAGCGUCGCUACGCGGGGCCGAACAUGGCGUCGCACAACCAUGAUACGUCGGCGAACCUCAACACGCCGCGCCCGAUCCUGGAGGCGUUACAGUCUGCCGAGCUGGUGAUUCUGCCGUACGGCGUUUUGGUCAUGUACAACUUCUCGGCUGCCGAGGAGCGAAGCAUCAUUGAGGAUGUGCUGUCGUCCGGAUGCGCACGCGAGCCGAUGGACGAGGCGGCGCGCGAGAGCGAGGCGUUCCACUUCUGCUACGACCCCAACAUCUCGGCACCACGCAUCUUCAACGACUUUUUCACCUUCCGUGCGCCCAACCACCUGCUCAAGCUCAGUCUGGCGCACGCGAUUGCGCAGUCGACCAAGCUGUCGGUCUUCGAGGAACGCAUGCAGGCGACGCUCGAGCUCACCUCGCACAUUCCAAAGGAGAUGGCGUCGAGCGGCGAGCUCAAGCUCAAGCGCCGCGAAGCGCUGCGCCUCACAGGCAGGCUGUUUAAGCUUCGGGUGGAUGUCAAUCUGACGUCCAAUGUGCUGGAUACGCCCGAGCUGUUUUGGUCCGAGGCAUCGCUCAAGCUGCUCUACGACGCCAUUCGCGACUAUCUCGAGAUCGACGAACGCGUCGAGAACCUCAACGAGCGUCUGGCCGUGGCGAACGACCUGCUCGAGAUCAUUCACGAGCACAUCGCCAACACGGCCAUGUCCAAGAUCACCUGGAUCGUUAUUAUUCUCAUCAUCGUCGCGUGCGCGGUGGCCGUCGGCGAGAUCUCGGCUCGCUUUAUCGUGGGCGCCAACCGCUCUGCCGAGGACGGCCUGCGUGCGCUCCGAGCCGUAGCAGCACCCGCGUUACCUCCUGCUUCGUACUUUGCCCUGCCCGACUCGAUGUGA